GAAAAAGAAAAUAAUUCUACAGUAAUCCCUCACACAGAAGGUGUGGCGCCAAUCAGCCGAGCACGUGUUGCGGAGUGAUCCCUGGGCGGUCUGGGGUGAAGCGACGGAAAGCCGUUGGAGUGUAGUCCCGGGUGGGCGUGGCUGGCACGGUACUUAACCGCUGGAGCGGCCGGAGAAGUCGAGGCCAGGGUGAGAGCUUGGAGGCUUACUGUCUUGAGGGAAGAUGUCUGGCAGAGCAAGAGCCAGAGCAAGGGGAAGGGCCCGGGGCCAGGAGAUGACCACAUCAACUGUGGGAACUACAACUACUCAGCCGCCUGGCUAUGGGCAAGCUAGACCUCCACAGCCUCAAGCGGAGCCACCAGCAGAAGGAGAACUGAUUGGACGUGGCCGUCAAAAAAGAGGGCCUGUUGCACCGAAAACGCAGAUGGCAUCAGAAGUUCAGAUUUCGGCAGGAUUUCAAGAAAUGACACUGGGCGACAGAGGUGGCCGUCGCAGAGACUUCCAUGAUCUUGGUGUAAAUACUCGUCAAUCAAUGGAACAUGUCAAGGAAUCCAAGAUGGGUGCUUCGGGGACUAUAAUAAGAUUAAGCACAAACCAUUUUCGACUGACUUCACGUCCUCAGUGGGCCUUGUAUCAGUACCACAUUGAUUAUAAUCCUCAAAUGGAAGCCCGGCGGCUUCGUUCAGCAUUGCUGUUUCAGCAUGAGGACUUAAUUGGAAGAACGCAUGCUUUUGAUGGGACCAUUUUAUUUUUGCCAAAGAAACUGGAAAACAAGGUCACUGAAGUGUUUAGUCGAAGUCGGCAGGGAGAGAACGUGAAGAUCACCAUUACGUUAACCAAUGAAUUGCCAUCUACUUCGCCUACAUGCUUGCAGUUCUACAACAUUAUUUUUAGAAGACUGUUGAAAAUGAUGAACUUGCAGCAAAUUGGGCGAAAUUAUUAUAAUCCAAGUGACCCCAUCAGUAUUCCCAAGCACAGGCUGAUGAUUUGGCCAGGCUUUACAACUUCCAUCCUGCAGUAUGAAACGAGCAUCAUGUUGUGUACAGAUGUGAGCCACAAGGUCCUCAGGAGUGAAACCGUGCUGGAUUUCAUGUACGGCUUGUAUGAACGGGUGGAAGAACAGAGGUUCAGGGAAAUCUGUGCCAAAGAGUUGGUUGGCCUGAUUGUUCUUACAAGGUAUAACAACAAAACUUAUCGGGUUGACGAUAUUGAUUGGGAUGCGAAUCCCCAAGAUCACUUUAAGAAAGCGGAUGGAUCUGAAAUCAGCUUUAUGGAAUACUACAAAAUGCAAUAUAGCCAAGAAAUCACAGACUUGAACCAACCCGUUUUGGUGAGCCAACCAAAGAGGAGGAGAGGCCCAGGAGGUGCCAUAGCAGGACCAGCAAAGCUCAUUCCUGAACUCUGCUACCUUACAGGGCUAACUGAUAAAAUGCGAAGCGAUUUUAAUGUGAUGAAGGACUUAUCUGUUCAUACAAGACUUCCACCAGAGCAAAGAAUGCGUGAAGUUGGAAGGCUCAUUGAUUACAUUAACAAAGAUGAUAACGUUCAGAAAGAACUCCGUGACUGGGGCUUAAGCUUUGAAUCCAACUUGCUUUCUUUCUCGGGUCGAGUUGUUCAGUCAGAAAAGAUCCAACAAGGAGGGAAAGUGUUUGACUACAAUCCACAACUUGCAGAUUGGUCUAAAGAAACCAGGGGAGCAUCUCUCAUUAGCGUAAAGCCACUGGACAACUGGCUGCUGAUAUACACACGCCGAAAUUAUGAUGCUGCCAAUACAUUAGUUCAGAAUCUCUUCAAAGUCACACCAGCGAUGGGCAUACAGAUGAACAAGGCAAUAAUGAUUGAAGUAGAGGACCGAACAGAGGCAUACUUGAGAGCCCUGAAGCAGAAAGUUGUCCCGGAUACACAAAUGGUGGUCUGCCUUCUGUCUAGUAAUCGCAAGGACAAGUAUGAUGCAAUCAAGAAAUACUUGUGCACAGACUGCCCCACUCCAAGCCAAUGUGUGCUUGCUCGCACCUUGAGCAAGCCCCAGACUGUAAUGGCCAUUGCCACCAAAAUUGCUUUGCAGAUGAACUGUAAGAUGGGUGGAGAGCUCUGGAGUGUGGAAAUACCACUGAAACAACUGAUGAUUGUGGGAAUUGACUGUUACCAUGACACUACAGCUGGCCGACGGUCAAUUGCAGGAUUUGUUGCUAGUCUAAAUCAGGGAAUGACACGUUGGUAUUCUCGUUGUGUCCUUCAAGAUCGUGGACAAGAGCUUGUGGAUGGACUCAAAGUUUGUUUGCAAGCUGCUCUAAGGACUUGGUACACCUACAACAACCACAUGCCUUCUCGCAUCAUUGUAUAUCGAGAUGGUGUUGGUGACGGUCAGCUAAAAACCUUGGUUAACUAUGAAGUCCCUCAGUUUUUGGAGUGCUUGAAGUCUGUUGGGAAAGACUACAAUCCCAAACUAACAGUGAUAGUGGUGAAGAAGCGAGUGAAUACCAGAUUCUUUGCUCAGAUUAGUGGAAGACUUCAGAAUCCACCACCAGGCACAGUUAUUGAUCUUGAGGUUACCAGACCAGAAUGGUACGACUUCUUCAUUGUGAGUCAGUCUGUGAGGAGUGGCAGUGUUUCGCCAACCCAUUACAACGUAAUCUACGACAGCAGCUCCCUGAAGCCAGACCACAUGCAACGCUUAACCUACAAGCUCUGCCAUAUGUACUAUAACUGGCCGGGCGUGAUUAGAGUGCCUGCUCCCUGCCAGUAUGCCCACAAACUGGCUUUCCUUGUGGGCCAGAGCAUUCACAGAGAACCCAACUUGUCACUCUCAGAGAAUCUGUAUUACCUGUGAUCCUACCGAAGAGGAUAAAAUGCAACAUAAGAGGAAUCUGUGGUAUGAGUCGGUGGUGUAUACUUUGUGACUGUUUAGCAUCAGCCAGUGUUGCUGUUUGGUUAGCAAAAUUUGUGUGUUGGGACAAUAGAUUCUGUUUCUUGAUAGAAUAAAAGAUUCUUUUUCAAUCUUAAAAGUU